CUCUGUCCUCCUAACCUGGCGCUUUUCUAGUCUCUCAGCUGUAAAUAAAGAUGCUUUUGCGGGGAUUUUCAGAGCUGCUGAAGUGCAGAGGAGUGAUGAUGAAAAUGAGGAUGAAGAUGAGCGGAGACUCUUCAUCUCUGACCCUCACAGAGCAGCAGGGCGGAAUCAGGAGGAUUAUCCUGAAUAACCCGAGGAAGAGAAACGCUCUGUCUCUGCAGAUGCUGGAGUCUCUGAGGGAAAACAUCCUGACAGACGCCGACAAUCCAGAGCUGCAUGUCAUUAUCAUAUCAG